AUCAGCACCUGUUGUCGCCUGAUAUUUACCAUCUUGUUAAAAAUGAAUAAAUGUCAAGCCACUCCUAGCCGUAUCCUGACUGAUGUUCCAUGUAGGGUGUGUCAGGACCAUUCCUCUGGCAAACAUUACGGGAUCUACGCCUGUGAUGGAUGCGCUGGAUUUUUCAAAAGAUCUAUUAGAAGAAAUAGACAAUACGUGUGUAAGUCCAGGAACCAGAAUAAAUGUCCUGUGGACAAGACACACAGAAAUCAAUGUAGAGCAUGCCGACUUAACAAAUGUGUGAAAGCUGGAAUGAACAGAGACGCUGUUCAACAUGAACGGGGUCCCAGGACGUCAACAUUACGGAGACAAGUCGCCAUGUAUCUUCGAGAAUCUACGGACUAUAACACUUUGUUAUCUGGCGCCGUUCUGCCUUCACCGUACUUUGCUACUUCCUUUUACAGUGUAAAUCCACCAGGGAUGUGCGAGUCAGUUAUGCUUUCUAGUUCUGCGUCUUCUUCUUCAACGUCAGCACCAACAUCAUCUGUUAUUGUACACCCCACACCUCGAUAUCCAGCUGAACUGAGUGGAUUCACUUUUCCGAGUAAUUCAGCUGACUCUGUUUGUGAAACAGCAGCCAGAAUCUUAUUCAUGACCAUCAAAUGGACCAAAAGUAUCCCUGCUUUUGUGGGACUGCCUCAUCGAGACCAGUUGGUUCUCCUAGAGGAGAGUUGGAGAGAUUUGUUUAUACUCAGUCUCGCCCAAUUCCGGUUGCCCAUCCAACCACACAUUCUUAUCACGGCAUCUGGCUUGACAUCAGACAGUAAAAUGACAUCAGAGAGAAUGUCAACCUGUAUGUUAGAAAUACGGGCUCUACAAGACGUCAUAGAUAAAUUCAAAGCUAUGAACGUUGAUCCAACAGAGUACACGUGUCUCAAGGCAAUAGUCAUCUUCAAGACAGCAUUACGAAGUCCUGCUAAUGAAAUGAAAGCCCUACGAGACAGCCAUGCUGUGGCUCUGUUACAAGAUCAAGCACAGGUUACACUUAGCAAGUACAUAGAAACAACAUACCCAUCUCAACCGUUCCGCUUCGGUAAACUUCUGCUAUUGCUUCCACUGUUACAGACCGUGUCAUCGAAAGUCAUCGAGGAUAUGUUCUUCAAAAAGACUAUUGGACACGUGCCCAUAGAUAGACUGAUAGUGGAUAUGUUCAAAUCAGGAGACUUUUAAGAACUAUGGAUCGGGAUCGGGAUC